AUGACUGACCCAGCUUCUGAUGGCUGGCCCGCGGGCAAGGUCUUCGAAGCUGCGCCACAAGGCUUCACUUACGAUGACUUGAUAUUCAUGCCGCAACCAUCCACUUUCGACGCCUCCGAAGUCGACUUGUCUGGCUGCAUCACAAAGAACAUCAGGCCGAUAAUUGGCAGCCCGUCGGAUACGGUGACCGAUGCGAACAUGGCCAUUGCUUUGGCGCUUUCAGGGGCCAUGGGCAUCAUCCAUGCCAAUCAGGUUUCCAUGGUGCAGGCGGUGAAAAGAUUUGUCAGUGGAUUUGUACUGGAGCCUGUGGUCAUGCGUCCGACCCAAAGUCUGGCGGAUCUAGACAAGCUGAAAGCAGCAACUGGAAUUUCUACGGUACCAAUAACAGACACUGGUGGACUGGGUGGGGAGCUUCUUGGCAUUGUAACCGCACGAGAUGCAGAUCUGUGUGCAGAUCGGCGCGAGUAUUUGUCAAGAGUGAUGACCGAAAAGGUUGUGACAGCAAGAGAGCCGCUGUCGUUCGAAGAUGCCCUCGACACAUUAAAGCGAGCGAAGGUUGGAAAGCUACUCAUCCUCAACUCUGAAGAUCAGCUUGUGUCAAUGGUUACCCGCAGUGAUUUGAAAAAGGUCAGAGACUUUCCAGAUAUGUCGCGAGACUUGAGCGGCAAGCUUCUGGUUGGCGCCGCAGUGCCAGCGUUGCCCGAUGGCUCCCAGGAUUGGCCUCGGGCGAGCGCCUUAGCAGAGGCUGGUGCAAAUGUGCUCUACCUCUUCGGCGAUGGCGUGGAUGAGCAGCUUUCACUGAUUAAGCGGCUGAAGGUGGAUUAUCCUUCUGUGGACAUCCUUGCUGGACCAGCCACGUCAGUGCGAGAAGCCCGAAGAUUAGUGGAGGCAGGAGCCGAUGGCAUCGUGGCAGGCUCUGGCAACGAUGCAGGAGCCGACCCCGUGGCGGCGCCUAUAGCGGUGGCAGUUGGCCGAGGUGAAGCAACCAUGGUGUAUGAGGUCGCCUACUACGUGACACGCAACUACAAGCUCCCAGUUGCUGCUGCUGGUGCACGCAGCGCUUCGCAGGCUCUGGUAGCCAUGGGUCUUGGUGCCUCUGCAGUAAUGCUCAGAGAGCCGUUGGCGGGCACAGACGAAGCUACCCCACCUUUUGCAGACUGGGCAGGCAUCGAUGCCUCUGCAUCAUGCAAACAGCUUGGUACAGAGCUGCGCAUCGAGGUAUGCCUCAAGUCGCGCGUGGGAACGCGAGGUGGGGCGACAGCUUGUGCAGUAUCGGGUUGGGUGUUGGCUCCCAUGGGCUUGUACACGUUUGAGCUGAAGCGUCAAGGAAGCUUUCAGAUGGAUGUCCUACUGUCAGAGAGCUUUGGCCGCAAGAAGUUUUCUUGGCCACCACUGCAAGGAACUCAGACCUGUAAACAGGCAUUCCUGCUCUACUUCCUGUCCGGCCUGCGCAACGGGUUCAAAGACAUUGGUUUCCGCGAUCUGCAAGAACUCCAUGAUGGCCUAGAAAAGGAGAUCCUGCGCAUGGCGCUUUGCCUUAGCAUUGGUGGUAGCUCUGCCAUGCUGCAUGCCUCACCAGCUGGAACGAGUGCAGGCUCCCUUACAGCCUCCAGCUUCAAGAAGCUUGCUCUCAAGCUGCGACCUAGCUCUUUCAGCAACUUGUUUGUGUCGACGCCUGAUGUGAUGUGUUCCUGUCACUGGGGCGAGGAAGUUCACGUGCAGCAGUAUCCCGAGAAUCGUCCGAGUGAAACAGCUUGCCGAGUUGUGAUGGACGGCGAAUUUUUGGACCAAGGGGGCGGGUGGGUGGGGCCCAGGAACCCGGGGGAUCACAUCUCGGAGGCCGAGGCCCGCAACAGCGCUACGGCCUUGCAUGUGUGCGGACGCCUGUCGCUCGUUGAGAAAGCGAUGUUGGCUCAAAGCUUCCGGCUGCGAGUGCGGGAGGGCAGCAACAUGGCCGGCUUUGAUUCGGAGAAGCUCCAGGAGGAGCAUGCGAGACACCUCAUGGAGCAGGGCUGGUUUAUUCUCGACGAUUUCCUACACGAAGGGAUGGCAAUCUCUUUGCGGCAAGAGGCAAUGCAAGCUGCAGGAACGGGAAAGCUUCUUCCACAUCGUUUCCAAUUCGGCACCGGUACUUUCACAAAGCCUCAUAUUUACGAAGCUGACCUCCACAGCGAGUCGCUUCAAGAGGAGCUGCCGGGAUUUGCGGAAGUACUCUUUGAUGAUUCCUUGUGUGCGCGACUCAAUCAGCUUAUGCCAGAUCUCCGGUUAGAGAGUGGACCCACGGCCAAAACAGUGAAGCUGCAACGGAACGUUGGCCAGGGAGGAUGCUUCCCAUGUCAUUACGACAAUGGAGGCCCACCGAGCCGUAGGAGCAUUACUUGCCUGGUAUACCUCAACCCUCAGUGGAAAGAGGGUGAUGGCGGAGAGUUGGUUUUGAUGCCUUUCCUGAUGCCGCAAGUCGUCAUUGCACCACUCAUGAGGCGUGCCGUGUUCUUUCGGAGUGAUACGGUGCUGCACGCGGUUCGGCCGGCAACAGCUGACAGACUGUGCUUCACAAUCUGGUUCGAUGGCGCAUCAACGAAUCGUGAUUGCGAUUGCAACUUGACGACAAGGCUGCUGAGGGCGGAGGUAGAAGCCGCGAGCGUUCUGAAGCAGAGCCCUGUUCAGCGAGCAGUUUCACGUGCUGUCUAUGCUCAGGAGUACGAAGAUUCACUGGUUGCGUGCAUGUCCGACACGCCUGGCCAGGAAGAAAUGCUGCAGGCGCACAGGCAGCACGUGGACCAACAAAUGAAGCACCCGCAGUUGGGACCAUUUCUCGUUUUUCUGCGAGAGUUGAAGCCAACUAAGAUGGUAGAAUGGGACUCUCCGGCCUCGGGCGCGCAG